GGCAGUACGAAAUAUGAAUAUUUCGUGUUUAACUCUGAAAUCGUAUUCCUGGAAGGUUGUCGCCUGCGCAAAACCAUCUCAGCAACGACGACGAGAUAUUAUUAUUUAUCAAAAAAGUAAAAUCCACAAUAAUUUUGUUCUUCAAAAGUACCAAUCUACUUGUCAUUACUAUUCUGAGUAAUGAUGAGAUCUGAGGGGGCUUUCGAAAGCUCUCUGGAUACAUCGUAACUUCCUUAGGUGGCAGAAACAGUAUGUCUGGUUCCAUCAAGUGUAAUGCAGCUAUGAAGAUCGAUGGAGCUGAAGCCCUCACGCGAUGAAGAAGGUAACCUGUGUGUGUGCGCUCGUCAUGCUGACCUGGUUUAUUCUCUCGUCCAUAUGGCAGUCGUUCUGCAAUCUUGGGUUACCUGGAACGAUCCGAAGGUUUGAAGAUAUAAAUGAAGUUCCCAGCGAAUUACGUUCUUCUUUGGAAGCGAUCCUUGGAGACACAAAUUUCCAACGAUCCAGUCACAACCAUGUGGAUAAAUUUUCAUCUCAGCUUCUCUCAGAGGCCACGUUCAUAAUCACUCUUAAUAAAACGGAAAACCACGCGGCAUCUGCAGGCGAACGCCGAUCGGACGUUCCAGAUAGUUAUGGAGUUCGUGAGAAAUCCAAAGUGGUGGGAUUUCCACAGUGGGGAAAUUUAACGCGAGAGAGAAGAAUGCCUGAAACCUUCAAGACGGAACCAGAAACUUCGGCAGAAUUCGAAGAUCCAUCUCUCAAGAAAAUCUUGUUCUGGAAUGAUAUGUACGGCAAAUUUCACUAUUCCUUCGGCCUGGGGCGGGAACCUUUUGUGAGAGCUGGAUGCCUCUUCAAUAAAUGUGUGACCACCUCGAACCACUCCAGAUACCCAUUCUCUCAAUUAGAUGCCCUGGUCUGGCACUUCCGUUCCGAGGACAAAGAACUCCCUCCUGAAAGGUCGCAGCACACCCGCUACAUCUUCGUGAUGGAGGAGUCUCCGGUGCAUCUCUUCGGCAAUUUAACCCCUUACGAUGGAGUCUUCAACUGGACCUUCACCUACCGCCUCGACUCCGAUUUCCCCAGUCCAGCAGGGUAUGUGAGAAGACGCAGAGUGAAUCUGCCGACCCUUUCGGAAGACGUUGCCACCGGCAAAUCCAAGAUGGUUGCUUGGUUCGUGUCCAACUGUAAAUCUUCAAGCGGUAGAGAAAGUCUGGCUCGCACUCUGCAAAAGUACGUUCCAGUGGACGUGUACGGAAAGUGCGGACCUUUGCAAUGCGAGAGAUCGCAUCAGUCAUCGUGUUACGAAAUGCUGGAGAGAGACUAUAAAUUCUAUCUCUCCUUUGAGAAUUCCCUCUGCAAAGACUACGUCACUGAGAAGUUCUUCGGCAUCAUACAGUACAACGUCGUGCCAAUAGUGUGGGGCUCAGCGGAUUACUCAGCCCAGGCACCACCACAUUCGUUGAUCAAUGCAGCUGAUUUUGAAAGCGUAGAGGAACUCGCCUCCUAUCUCAAGUACCUAGAUAGGAACACAACGGCUUAUAUGGAAUAUUUCAAGUGGAAGCUAUCUCAUGAAGUCAUCUCGGGAUGGGCGGCAUCGUCGAGGCCCUGGUGUGACCUUUGCGAACGGCUGCACACUGACCCGAAGGAGCAGGUUUACGAAGGCCUCCAUGACUGGUUUAACAGCGACAAAGACUGCCGGCUGCCAACGUCAUCGGCCAUUGCUAGAUUUACUCACGGCGAAAAGAGAGGGAGGGAAACGGAAACGUGAUGCCAUGAAAUUUAACAAAGAACUCAGCUCCCCAAAAACUUUCGACGAUAGUGAUUUGCCAUGCGCGAUUUUAAUUCCACUCUCUCUCUCUCUCUCUCUCUCUCUCUCUCUCUCUCUCUCUCUCUCUCUCUCUCUCUCUCUCUCUCUCAGCCAACACUAAUAUUAGCGAAGAGCUACAAAUUUCACAAGUCUCAUCUGUAAACCCCGUCUCCUUGAGUAGGUUUGUCCGUUUUCUAAUUUGAUGUUAUUUCUGUUCAGUUAGAAACGCCCAAGGGAAGAAUUUUAAAUAUUUGCCUCGUGAAAUGUUAAGAAGCAUCCAGAUUCGAGCCAAAUAUGUAUUUCAGUCCACUGUUAACAUCAGUUUGAUUAGCUUCUCUUAGCUCUUCAGAUAUGCACAAGACGCUGAAGAUGUCCUGAAACGUUAUCCUUAAUCAGGGCUAUCGUUGUGUGUGACUUUGGUACUGUGACGCCAGAUUAUUUACUCUCGGUAAAUUUUGACAGGAUAAAUAAAGACACUGGCCUACCCAACAAUCGAAUAGACUUUAACAAAGGGUAAUAAGAAGGUUUUCUCAUUCGUUGUGACUUGUGACCGCGCACACUAGAAUCCUGGAGUCUGUGGAAAGGGUUGAACACUUCCAAAAUUGCAGUCCGUUGCCAUCGUUAACAUUAAAUGAUAGAAUGUAAGAUUAAAAUUAUUUGUAUAAUUACGAAUACAUUUCACUCUUAUUAUCAUACGUCUAAUAAUAAAAACAAUUGCGGGGACCUAU